UGAGUCUCCACAGGAAUAAAUGAGGCAGCAGCUCACAGGUGAUCUUACUUAACGAGACUAACGAGGAGCUGGAAGCGUUGGAGACCAUGCUGCUGCUCGCUGUGCUGCUGUUUGUUCAGCUCCCUGAAGUCGACUCCAGUCCGAUACGGGAGGCCGAAGGAGCGCCUCUGGAGAACCAGUUUAGCAGGGUGGUGCAGUAUAUGAACUCAAACCCAGAGACUUUAGAAGAGCUGAUGACCGAUAACUACGCAUUGCUGGAAGGAGACAUUGUGCUGUCAAGUGACAGGAACGCAGUACAGAACAUAUGGCCAACGCCGGAGAUACCGUACACCAUCAGCUGGGAGUUGGUGAGUCGGACGGGGGACAUCCUCUCUGCUAUGGCAAUGGUAUCCCAACACACCUGUGUGUCCUUCCACAAGCGAACCUCUGAGACCAACUACCUGCUCUUCGAACCGAGCAACGGGUACGAAAAUAUUUAAUAUUUCAUAACGAAU